AUGGCAGCCCGGCCAUCAUCAAGGGCAAGCCGUCUCUUACUGCGACCGCAGCCCUCAUCAUCACCUUCAACAUGGCUCCGACCGCCAUUGACAUCUUCGCAUCCCCUCUCUCACACUCCCGCGCCGCGCCUCCCGUGCUACCGGCCAGCACACCAAUCGCGAUGCUACGCCGCUCCCCGCGCGCCCAAGGUCGUCGCCCCUGCGGCAGCGAGCAAUCCCGUCUUCACCCUUGACGAGAUCCCGCUCUCCGCGGUUGAGGCAGUCGUAGCGCGCAACGGCGACGCCUUCGGGGCCCUCUCCGCGGAGGAGUACUACCGCCAUGCGCAGGCGUUUGUCGCGGCGAUCAAGGGCGGCGCGAGUCCAUGGGCGGUGACCCUCACAGGCCGCGAUGCCAUACCGGCAGAGACCCUUCACCAGCUGGCCUGCAUCAUGCGCCAGAUCCGCGGCCCCCGCAGCGCCGACGCCCUCGCCACGUCGCUCUGGGCCUCAGCCUCCGCGCUCGGCCACCGCGCCGCCACGCUCUCCCUCGCGCGGCAGCUCAUCCGCUCCGGCUCCUUCGGGCGCAUGCCCGCGCUGCGCCCCGUAGAGGAGCGCUUCCGGCGGCUCGUCGACGGAAAGGCCGCCGGCGCGGACGCCGACGCGCUCACCGCCCAGGGCGAGCUCCUGUUCGAGCAGGGCCGCUUCGAGCCCGCGGUCGCGACGCUCCGCCGCGCGCUGCAGGUCGGCGGCGCCUUGGGGUUCGAGUGGCGCCCGCACUGCGAGCUUUGCCUGGGCAAGGCGCUCCUCAAGCUGGGCCGGCGAGACGAGGCCACGGAGGUCCUGGAGGCGCUUGCUGCGGCGGGCCUGCCCGAGGCGGACGUGGAGCUUGGCCAGAUGUUGAGGGGGACGGACCGCAAGGGUGCCGAGCAGCACCUGUACGCGGCGGCGUGCAACGGAAGGCAGGACAUAUUCAGCCAUCUGUCGGAGAUGGCUCUGGAGCAGGAGGGUUCUUCUCCGGAGGAUCGACGGCGCUGGGCCAUGGAAUGGUCGCGUCUGGCAGAUCCAAGGGCGGAGUAUUGA